CUGUCCUUCAUGACAACAGGAACCACAGAAAUCCUCCUCAUCAGAAACAUGACUCUGAUCUCCGUCCUCAUCUGGACUCUCCUCUGCUGCUGCUUCACAGAGUCCAGAGGCCAGGUCACAGUGACUCAGCCUGGAGCUGUCAGCUCUGCUCUGGGAGCCUCCGUCACCAUCAGCUGUAGGGUCAGUCAGAACGUUCAUAAUGGGAACUGGUUAGCCUGGUACCGACAGAGAGAUGGAGAAGCUCCUAAACUCCUCAUUUACUAUGUGAGCACUCGAGCAUCAGGGACUCCAAGUCGUUUUACAGGCAGUGGAUCAAACUCUGACUUCACUCUGACCAUCAGUGGAGUCCAGGCUGAAGAUGCAGCAGUUUAUUAUUGUCAGAGUCUCCACUACAUCAACAAUCAGUGGUUGUGGACUUUUGGUGGAGGAACCAGACUGGAGGUUGGAAGUGAUGCCCGUCCCACCCUGAAUGUGCUGGCCCCCUCCAGCGAGGAGCUGCAGCAGGGGAAGGCCACGCUCAUGUGCCUGGCCAACAAGGGCUUCCCCUCAGACUGGAGUCUGGCCUGGAAGGUGGAUGGCAGCAGCAGCAUCAGCAUUAGUGGCAGCAGCAGCGGGGAGGAGAGCAGGAGCCCCGUGGUGCUGGAGAAGGACGGGCGCUACAGCUGGAGCAGCACCCUGAGGCUCCCUGCAGACCAGUGGAGGAAGGUGGGCUCUGUGACCUGUGAGGCCACCCAGGGCUCCCAGACUCCAGUCUCAGAGACUCUGAGGACAGACCAGUGUUCCCAGUACUGACUC